GUGACGUAGGUACUAAAAUAAACUGAGCGUUGACGAGACGACAACAAAAAUAUUUUUUUAAUAACUUUGUAUACAUACUUUCGUGUAUCAAAUGAGUUUAAAGACAACAUACAAAAAUAUACAUUGAAACUGUAUUGAAUAAAAUUUAUAAGUCCAUGGACAUCAACACAAACUUUAUAUGCAUGUGCUUUGAACAUAGGCAAUCUAAGCGAUAGCGCAAUCAAAUUUGUUUUCUAUAUUGUUUUCUAUAUAUUCCGAAAAUGGGUGACUCGGAGUUUAUGUACGGGUCAUCUUUGUCGAUUGACUCAAUGAAAGUAAUAGCCGAGAGUGUUGGUAUCGCCAGCCUUGGAGACGAUGCAGCAAAAGAGCUAGCCGACGAUGUUUCGUAUCGUAUUAAAGUUAUAUUACAGGAUUCUAUGAAGUUUAUGCACCACGCGAAAAGGCAAAAGCUAUCCAUAACUGAUAUUGAUCAUACACUAAAGAUUAAGAAUAUUGAGCCUCAAUAUGGUUUUCUGCAACCUGAUGCAUUGCCAUUCCGAUUUGCAUCUGGUGGUGGAAGAGAAUUGCAUUUCAUUGAUGAGAAAGAAAUAGAUUUGUCAGAAAUACUGUCUGCAACUCCUCCAAAGAUACCUUUGGAUGUAUCUGUACGAGCUCACUGGUUGAGUGUUGAUGGUGUGCAGCCUACUGUACCAGAGAACCCUCCACCAUUGUCCAAAGAGAUACAGAAACUGGAGUCUGUUGAUCCUAUCAGCAAGUUAAGCAAACCAACAAACAAGGAUGCUGCAGGCAAACCAAUGUGCGGUAAGGCAGCGAGGUUGAAGGCGUCAGAAUCUGUUCAUGUGAAACAACUGGCUACACACGAACUCAGUGUGGAACAGCAGCUUUACUACAAGGAGAUCACUGAGGCUUGUGUAGGCAGUGAUGAAGGCAGAAGAGCAGAAGCUCUUCAGUCGCUGGCUUGCGAUCCUGGUCUACAUGAAAUGUUGCCCAGAAUGUGUACCUUCAUAUCAGAGGGUGUGAAAGUGAAUGUGGUGCAAAACAACUUGGCCUUACUUAUAUACCUCAUGCGGAUGGUGAAGGCGUUGCUUGACAAUCAGUCGCUAUACUUGGAGAAAUAUCUCCACGAGUUGAUACCAUCGGUGUCGACGUGCAUUGUGGCGCGGCAGCUGUGUCUGCGGCCCGAGAUGGACAACCACUGGGCGCUGCGGGACUUCGCGUCGCGGCUCAUGUCGCAGAUCUGCAAGACCUUCAACACUUCCACCAACAACCUGCAGACUAGGGUCACUAGAUUGUUUGCGAAGGCCCUGCAAUGUCCGUCACAGACAAACAAUGAGAGCGGUCCCUCCAUGGUGACCUCUAUGAAGGAGUCUGAGAAGACACCGCUGGCUUCGCUCUACGGCGCUGUACAGGGCUUGGCUGAACUUGGACCUGAAGUUAUCAAGGUGUUCAUUCUGCCCCGCGUGCGGUGGCUGGGGGAGCGUGUGGAAGGAGCUUUGAGUGGAAUCGGCGGCGCUGACCGGCUCGCAGCCAGCAACCUCAAGCAUCAGCUGCUGAAGGUGCUGGCGCCGGUCGUGCGGCAGUUGCGGCAGCCGCCAGACAACCCCGAGGACUACAAACGUGACUACGGCUACCUAGGGCCAAGCCUGCAGCAGAUGGUGAGCAAACUGCGAGCGUCGCCGUCGAGCGGCGCGUCGAGCGUGGCGGUGGCGGUGGUCACGUGCACGCCGCCGCUCGUGCCGCCGCCCUCGCCCGCGCCCGAGCCCUCGCUCACUAAGAUUCAAGAGCCGGUGGCGGGCCGCAGCGUGGUGAUCAGCGCGUCGCCGACGCCGCAGUCGCCGGCGCCGGCCACACCGCCGCCGCAGAAGUUUGUCAUCGUGUCGCAGCAGAAACCGCCGCAGGUUCAACCUUCGGGCGGCGCGAGUCACAUCAUGGUCCAUACAUCGCAGCCGACGAUAGUGCGCAGUCAAAAUCUAAUAUGUGGAGAGAAAACCAAAUCGGUGGUGGUGACGAGCGGGCCGGCGCACGCGGCGCCGCAGAAGGUGGUCGUGGUGGGGGUGCCGUCCCACCAGCCGCCCGCGCAGCCGGCCGCGGGCCUCGUUAGCCAGGCGCCGGUGUCGGUGGUGGCGAAGCCCGUGUUCUCCCGCGGCGGCGCGGCGCAGCCCCCGCCCGAGCUGGACGACCUCUCGCACCUCGCCUGACAGCCGCGCCCCAUCCUCGCCAUUGUCAAGCAGUACACCAGGAAAAAGGCACAACCCUAAUCCAUUCAUACAGUACACUAAGAAGAAGGCACCAACCUUAUCCAUGCUAUGCACUAAGCUUGUAUCGUGAGUCUUGUAGAUUACACAGGCACCGGCACAGUACACUCAGACCCGCGGACUGGAUUGAUGAACAUAGGUACAAAUAUUCAUCCGCGCUGGGAAUCACCAGGGAAACCAGGAACUAUUCAUCAUUUGAGUGCAUUGGACCCCUCUAUGUACCUGUUGUGUGUGUGUAUCUAAUAUAUACCUAACAUAUUAUUUUCUUCUAUCGUUUUGCCAUUGAUCCCAAUCAGAAUAAAGAUUCGAAAAAUUGUAAUAAAUGGAAAUAUAUUCAUGUAAUAAAAAGUUAUAAUGUCAUAAAUCAAUUUAUACAAAUCAAUAUGAGUAUACAUUUAUAUCAGAAAUUGGCAAAUUUUUCCAGGACAUAUUUUUUAAGUGUUAAAAUGAUUAAAAGUCAGAUUUUAAAAACUAUUUCUUCCCUACAUUCAUUAUACUUCUAUAGCAUUUUGGUCGUCCGAAAUCCACGAUUUGAUAUGUAGCUUCAAACAAGACUUUUACAUAAAUUUGAAUUACCACAAUGCGAUUGUUUUGAAUGUUAAAUAGCAAUAUGUACUUCCUUAUAUAAAUAUAUUUACUUGAGGUAUAUGUAUUAUUCUCUGUUCAAUUGCACGGAAUUCUUACAUUUUAUAAAUGUUGCCAAUAUUGAAAUGGUCUCACCGAAGAUAAAAUCAUUUGAGCGAAAUUAAUUUCACGUAUCAAAUAGAAAAUAAUAUAUUGAUAAUUUUGAAAUAGAAAUUAGAUUUUUUAUUAUUAUAUUGUCAGAGGUUUUGAUUUUUCUUUAUUAGGAAUUUCUACUAUUUACAGGUGACAAACCUUUUCUGGGAAAACCAUUUUGUUAAAUCUAUAAAACUAAGAUGUUUGUUAUAAAUCUGCAACGGGAAUUAAUUUGACUCGAUGACUUGCGAGAGGAGCCUCAUUUUCAUUAACUGAAGAAAUGUAGGUACAAAUACAAAUGAUCUUUCAUCUGUACUUUUAAAUUAUGCUAUAGUAAAAUUAUAAUAUAAACUAUUGUUAAUUUUAUGUUAUACUUAUUUUUCGAUAAAACCAGAAGUAUUAUCUUUUUGAAAAUGUCAAAUAAUUUCACUUGUCAGAAUUCCGUGCAAUUAAAAAUCAGAGUUAAGUUGAAGGCUGCAAUGUAAUGCAAGUUAGUUCCACAGACCAUUUGUGGUUUGUGGUUCCUAUGCUAAUAUUUUUGACAUUUUGAUAUGUAAAUUUUAACGAUAGUAGAUAUGCAAUAAGUAUAAAUGGUUCAUAAUUUCUGUAAUUAAGUGUAAUUAGACAUGAAUAUAUUAUAAUUUAAUUCGAUA